AGCCCAAGCGCUACGAGGAGCAGGGAAGCAUCCGUUCUCACCGGUGCAGCCAAGCGGCGGGGAGGCCGCAGCCGCUCGCUUCUCCCGCCUCGCCCUUCCUCAGUGCCCGCUCUCCGGUAACGCGAGGCGCAGCAGACAGAACUGACCGUCCCGACUCAGUCCCCCUCCGUCGCGCCCCGUCCCGCAGGGGCCGUGGUCUCGCCCGGAAGCGGCGGGCGGGGCCUGUCGCCGAGCUCCGGCGGCGGAGGCGCUGGCACCCGAACAAUAGUGGAGUGGGGCGGUGGGGGUGGACGGCGCACGGAUCGGUGGUGAGUGGGGUCUGCGCUGCCGCGGUUCUGGUGGUGACGGCGCCGGCGGAGCUGGAGCGUCCACACAGGGCACUAUGAACGAAGAGCAGUUUGUGAGCAUCGACUUGGACGAUGACAACGUCUGCAGCGUCUGCAAGCUGGGGACCGAGAAGGAAACGCUUUCUUUUUGCCACGUUUGUUUUGAGCUGAACAUCGAAGGAGUGCCAAAGACAGAUCUUCUACAUACACGAUCUUUAAGGGGGCACAGAGACUGCUUUGAAAAAUUCCACUUAAUAGCAAAUCAGGACUGUCCACGAUCAAAGCUCUCUAAAAGUCCAUAUGCAGAAGUAAAAAAUAUUUUGAGCAAAAAAAUUAACUGGAUCAUACAUUAUGCACAAAACAAGGAUUUAGACUCUGAUCCUGAAAGCUCAAAACCAUCCCAACACCAGCUUUUUAACUUCAGACAUCAGACUGAUAGAAAAUUACUCCCGCAAUUUGACUCCCCAGUACCUAGAUACUCUGCAAAAUGGAUAGAUGGGAAUUCUGGAGGCAUCUCAAGCUGCUCACAAACUCUUUUGGAACAAAGAGAAUCUGCUGAUUUUAGACUUGGUGUUUUACAAGAAACAGGUGCUGCCUUCUGCUGCAACAGUGUUCUGUGGUCAAGUCACAAACAGGUUCAAAAAGCUGAAAAAGCUGAAGGUGAUCCCCUUGGCAGUGUUCAUAGAAGGCAUCCUCAGUACAACAGGGAAGAAUUGGCUAUGAUGUCUCUUGGAGAUCUAAAACAACUUAAUGAAAAGCUGCUCAAGCAAAUUCAGGAUGUGUUUGAGGAGCUGACACAGCAAGUCCAAGAAAAGGAUUCUUUGGCCUCCGAGCUCAACGUCCGGCAUAUUGCUAUCGAGCAGCUGCUGAAGAACUAUUCCAAACUGCCCUGUCUACAGAUGGGACGAGCAGGGAUGAAAUCAAAUGUCCCCAUAUAAAGGGAUAAGAUGUCUGUCCUCCUGCAGAGCUAACUUUCCCUAACAGCUUUGAUAACCAUUAAGUAUGCACAGAUAUUUAGAAGCUUUUGAGGAAACUUGGGCAGCUCUCUCUUUGUGUUCAUAAUCUUUGACAAGUCUUGUUUCACUUUGGUUUUAACAAAAAAGGUGAAUAUUUUAAGCAUUAAAGUCAAUUGUAAUAAGGUUUAUUCAUAUUUAGGGAUGAAUUUCUUUUCCCAUAACUAUGCAUGAGCCUUGAAAUGAACUCUGUGUUUUGUUGAUAAUAAAAUUGUUUCUAACAAAGAAAGACCUGAAGCCUGGAAACCUGCUUCCUUCAUUCAGAGUUAAAAGUAACAUUUGAGUUUUGAUCAGGUCUGAUCGUGUUACAUCCAAGAGAGCUUUAAGGAGAGAAACAGUAUUAAUGAGACUCCUGAUUUCUUAUUUAUUAUAAGCAAUAUUUUAUUAAUGAAAUUUUAUACUAAAUAUCACUAUUUUUAGGUACUUUUCCAGAUCUCUUUAUAAAAUGUCUGAGUUAUGCUGUGUAAUGUUUAUGCCUUGUACAUGAUUGUUUCUCUUUUUUCAGGUCUGUAUCUUUCAUGAUACAAUUCUUCUGAAGUCUUGUUUCCCAAAGAGAUGAAUUUCACAUGUUUAAAGAAAUAAAAAUGUGAUGGCGCAUCACUUAUUUUUUAUCAGCUUUAUAACUGAAGAGUUUUGUUCAUGAGAGAUGUUUAAAAAAAGAAAAAGCACAACAUUUCUUUAAAAAAAAAAAUCCAUGCUUUGGUUAAUGCAUAAAAGUUGAAGUUGUUUUUUAUGUGUGAAAUUUUCAGUGCUGAGAGAUCUUUGACUGAAUUAAAUAAAUUUGUAAUACCACA